AACAGUCAAGUAAAAUCAAGCUGGGUAAUCAUGGCAGAAGGUGGCUUCGAUCCCUGUGAAUGCGUUUGCUCUCAUGAACAUGCGAUGAGAAGGCUGAUCUAUCUGUUGCGGCAGUCCCAGUCCUACUGUACGGACACAGAAUGUCCCCGGGAAUUGCCAGGACCCUCUGGUGACAAUGGCACCAGUUUCACUAUGAUCUUGAUGGCCUGGAUGGUCAUUGCGGUGAUCUUGUUCUUGCUGAGACCGCCUAAUCUAAGAGGAUCCAACCUAUCCGGGAAGCCAGCCAGUCCUCAUAAUGGACAGGAUCCACCAGCUCCUCCUGUGGACUAAUUUUAUGAUAUGGGAAGCAAAGACAGCUAACACCUUGCAAGACCAAAUGACUGAAGAUGACCAGAGUACUCCUAACACCAUUAGAGCUGAUUUCCUUUUGCACAUGCAGUAUGGGAUGGUAUUGUUUUCAUGAGCUUCUAGAAAUUUCACUUGCAACCUUCUUUUUUGCUUCCUAUGUUGCCACCAUUCCUAUUUACAGUAUAUUUGAGUAAAUGAUUACAUUAAGAAGUUAUAUGGGGCUUUUUUUGGUUGGACUGAACUUAAAACAUUCCACUCAUUCUGUUUCUGUGAUCAUCAUUUUUGUGGUGGUUUCUGGCCUAAUUGAAGGAAGGCUGAGAUUUCUGUAUUUAAAUACUUUAGUUUUAAUAGGGUUUAAGUUGUUCUUUCAUCAGGUAUUUAUAAAGUUAUUUGGGAUUAUCUGGGCUUGAGAGACAAUUAGAAUCACCCUGUAUUUCCAUUACUGUGGCAGUUUAUUUCUGGUGGCAAUUUUCUCUAGUUCUUGGGACUAUGUCAGCUUUUGGAAUAUUUUACAAGUUAUAGCUGAAAUCUGUGUCAUUCAUUACAACGCUUAUGUGGCUGGAAUGGAAAAGGGGAACUGGUUGUUGACUACUUUUUUACUCCUAUUAAACAUGUCUAAUGUGAAGAAUGCUUUAAAUAAACAUGAUUGAUUAAUGUAAA